AUGGCGGUUACACCCACACUUGUACCAGUGCUGAGGCCUGAUCCUUCUCGGAUCGUCUGGACAUUUGGCGUCCUCGGGGCAGCCGUCCACCAGGGAAUCCGAGGCAUCGAGGUCGACAACCGACUUCGGAUUCUGCUUGCAGCCCAUCUUGCGACCGCACUUGGCUUGUUCUCUGGCUACCUCUAUUUAUUUUCCCUCGGAUGGCUCCAUGCUGCUGCCAGCACCGUGCUGGCUUCGUGCUCAUUCAACCUCGGGCUCACAGCGAGCAUUCUCCUUUACAGAUCGCUCUUCCACCGCCUGAGCCGCUUUCCAGGGCCAUUCAUGGCCAAGGUAUCUCGGUUCUCAAUCGCGAUGCGCUCCGUGAAACGUACACAAUACCAUCGCGACCUCGAAGAAUUGCAUCGUCAGUAUGGCGACUUUGUACGCACCGGCCCUCGCGAGCUUUCCAUCAAUCGGCCGUCUGCUGUCCACGUUUUUUGUGGUCCUCAGUCCCCCUGUACCAAACCGACCUGGUACAGCCACGUCUCUGAUGACAAGACUCAAAUCUCACUUAACUCAACACGCGACCCGGAAGUACAUCGUCGCCGCCGUCGCGCGUGGGACCGUGGUUUUAGCAUGAAAGCCCUGGCCACCUACGAACCCCGGGUACAACAUAAAGUCGACGUCCUUGUCUCCCAAAUCCGUGCCCGACUCGAGGAACCACUCAACAUCUCGCAAUGGACUAUGUACUUUGCCUUUGACGUGAUGGGCCUUGUCGGGUUUUCCAAAGACUUUCGCCAACUCGAGGAUGCGGCGGAACACGCCGCUAUCAAGGAACUGCAUGAACAAAUGUUAUUCCUGGGAAUUUUGAAGCCUGUGCCCUGGUUUCUAACCAUACUUGGCGCGAUCCAGGGUCUCGUCGGCAACUACGGACAGUUCAUGACAUACUGCGCAGAUCGUAUCGCAGAGAAGAAGAAAGAGUGGAAUGCUUCAGAGACCAAAGUCCCACAGGAUGUCAUAUCGUGGCUGCUCAAGGCCGCUGACGAGAAGGAUCAAUCAGCACCACCAGGGGAUCAAGCCCUCAACGAGGAUGGCCGACUCAUGAUCAUAACCGGAAGUGACACGACCGGCGUUGCAUUGGCAAACGCGUUCUACUACCUCGCGAAACACCCCGCUGUCUAUAAGAAAUUACAGGCCGAGCUUGACCAGGCUUUCCCUCAAACCGCCAACCCGGCGGACUUUACCAACGAGACACUCCGUCGUCUUCCAUACCUCGGGGCUGUCAUCAAUGAAACAAAUCGGCUUAAGCCGGCCGUCCCUAGCGGUCAACCCCGGCAAACGCCCCCGGGUGGUCUCCAGGUCGAUGAGAUGUGGAUUCCAGGAGAUACAAUCGUCGUCAUUCCACAACACGUCAUUCAGCGUGACAAUCGUUACUUUCCAUCCGGUGCUGACUUUAUUCCUGAACGGUGGCUCGAGAAAAAGGGCGCGCUGAUCGUCCACGAAGAGGCAUUCUUUCCCUUUCAAACAGGUCGUUACGGCUGUGUCGGAAAGCAGCUGGCGCUUAUGGAAAUGCGAAGCGUGAUCGCUCGGAUCGCUCUAGAGUUUGACAUAUCCAUCGCUGACCAAGAGGCCGCGGAAUCAUUUGAUCGGGAUGCAAAAGACACUUUCACAUACACUGUUGGGGCUCUGCCCUUGAAUUUCAGACUGCGAACAACGUAA